UGUGCAAGAUGUUAUUUCUCUCUCUUUUGCUUCUGUGCUUCUCGACGGUGGUGGUGACCCAGAAUACUACCUCCCCAUAUGCUCCCACCUUCGUGAAAUGCCCAAAAUCUCUUCGCGUACGGCCAGCUCACAACGGUCUUAGCUCUCAGGAGCAGCAAUGGAGAGAACGGCGUCUCGGCCAUGUGGUCAAGGCCUUGUCUUCGUACCUAAUCAACGCGAACAUCCCAAACUUCCAGCCCAAAGCAUACCUUAGCAAGAUCAACGCAUCAACGGCGCCAGUGGUUGGCAUGGCGGUAUCCGGCGGCGGCAGUCAGUCUGGCAUGGGAGGACUGGGUCUUUGGCAGGCCUUCGAUGAUCGAUAUCCUCCUGCCGUAAAAGCAGGUACCGGCGGCCUUGUGCAAUGCCUGUCGUACCUGACCGGGUUGAGCGGUGGUGGAUUGACCACCGUGCUGCCCUUGUACGCCAUCCUUUCCCAUUCAAAGAUUAAUCGUUGA